AUGUUCACUUCAACUAAAAUUGUAUUUUCUUUUGCUAUUGUUGCACUUGUUGCAGCUCAUCCAACAAGUUACUCAAAGUGAGUUUACAUUUUUUUAGAUUUCAUUUUUUAACACUUGGUUAAACACAGUUUUUUUCAAAAAUAAGUCGAUAGUGUUGUAAAAAUUUUUUUUAGACACGAGCAUGACUCCGCUAAAUAUGGUCACGGAGACGACGCAGCUCACGCCAACAACUUCCACCACAAGGGUGAAAAAUCUGGACACGAUUACGGAGAUAAAUAGUGAGAUUUUUCUCAUUGUUUACCUUUUGAUACUUCGAUGAUCAAAAAAUCAAACAAUCAUAUUUCAGUUACUCUCACGAUGGAAAGGCUGCUGAACACGACGCAGCUGCCAAAAACAGUGGAGAUCACAAACAUAACAAGGAAAUGCAUCACUCUGGAUCAGGAAACAAAUAUUCAGAUGACAAAUCGAAUUAUAACAAAGAUUUGAAAACAAAAUCUUUCGGAUUCUUUGAUUACAAAUAUGUUCAACCACAAUAUCAUAUGGAACAAUAUCAUACUGAUGAAAAACACGGAAAGAAAUAUGCUGGAGAUGAACACGCCGCAGGACAAAAACAUAAGGAUAAUUCGGGAUAUCACGCAGAUGGUCACGAUGGUUUCAGUUAGUUUUUUUUCCGUUUUUCAGUAUCUGGUUGAACUUUUUAAAAUCAAUAUUUUCAGAGAAAGCCCACGAGAAACACGGAGAUAGCCAUUCUGAAUAUGGACACGAAGACGAUGCCCACAAAAAAUCAUACGAUGAAAACGAUGGAAAAUAUGGAGACCAUUCUGACGGAUAUUAUGACAAAGGAUACGACAACCAUGGGCACGGACACGAAACACAAUACUACGAGCCAAAAUAUGAUUAUGGUUAUGACAAGAAAUAUUCUGCUCCAUAUCACGGUGAUAACAAAUAUUAUGGAUACGAGGCCCCACAUUACUAA